ACAAUUGAGGUUGGGAUUUAUUGGGAAGUUCUAUUCCUCAAUUAUUCACAAUUUCCAUUCAAGUUUUAUUGGCAAAAUCAACUUAUUUGUCUAUACAUUAACGUGUUUUAAAGUUGAUUUCUUGAACCAAAAUGUAUUACUGAGUUGCAUUGCGGUAGUUCAAUUGAUGCCUAUCUGUUGUUUGGGGGACAAAGAAGAGGCGAGAAUCCUAACCAUAAUUAUCAGAAACUGUUUGUUUCCGACAAGUUUCCGUCGAACCAAAGUUAGUAAAGCGCGAAUAACAUGGAAAACAAUGCGAAAACAUUUCUAAUUCCCAAUGAUUUAUGUCGGCGGGCAGGAAUGGGGGCCUCUUGGCGCCCCAUGAAUGAAAUAGUGGUAUUUCCCUAUGAGAAACGUAGCGUUAAGCAAAAGGACCAGCCAACUAGCUUUGCAUCUAAUGCUCCAGUGUCGAUUUUCCAUAUCCGAAGAAGUGUUAUUUUGUUCCACCCUAUCUUAAGGAAACUGGUCAAUGAAUCAAAUGGCGUAUUCCUAACGCUGCAGGCUUCUUUUAAAACUAAGCCGUCAGACUUGAAAAUGGAAAUCCUCAGCAUUAGCCGACAGUAUCGUUCGAUUAUCAGGGCCUGUUUAGAGAACUUGCAAGACGAAGUAGGAAAACCUAAUAUUACAGUGGCUGAACGCAGUGAAAUGCACAAUUAUAUCACAAUAUUUUAUUCAGUGGAAUGUGUUUGGCAUUUGUGUGAAAUCCUUUUCAUCGAUGUUAUACCAGGAAAUAUUGUCUUGCCCCAUCUACUCGACUGGGUCAGGUUUCAUUUUCCAAAGCACGAAAGGAAUGCUGCGAUUCUUUUAGCAAGCAAUUCUGAGGGCCUGGAAUUGGAGGAAGAAUUUUGGCCUACUGUUUUCGGCAACUUAUUGCAAGGCAGGAUUAAAGUGGUUCGAGCACUACUAAAGCAACACUCGGCGGCAAACAGUCCAAUAUUUCAACUAGUACAACAUCUAUUGAAGAGUAUGCCUACAUACAAUGUAAUGAACAAUGUUUCUGUAAGCGAAUUCAAUCUUCAAUGGAGGCAUUGGGUUAUGGAUAUUCAACAGCAAAUUGAUUCUAAGCAAUUCAUAAACAACCAUAACUUGAACUUAUUGAUGAGGCUGCUGACUGGCGAAGAGGAGGCAUGGGCUGAGAUUCAAUCACAAUGCGAGGCUUGGUAUGAGUUUCUAGCUGGAUGGCUAUGUUACAGUGAAACAACGGUGAAAACGUUUGAACUCGGCCAAUAUGCCAAGCAAAGCAUUAAAAAAAUGAGAAUGCAGAAUCACUUAAGGCAUCUAGACAGGGUUUUGUUAGCUGCGAUGGAAUUUGAUAUGCUUUUGGUGAUUAAGGAAGUUCAGGAAAUGACCGAGAAUGGUUGGUUCGUGAGUCAUUUUACUGAUCUGCUCCAUCACUCUGGGCGCUUAUCUUCGCUGGAAAAAGAAGUCGAGGGCUUUUCAGCAGAUAAACUACGGGAAUCCUUCAUUCUGGACUACGGCACUACCUUAGUAGGGCAUAAAAGCUUGUGGCAAGUUGGUUUGAGUUAUUUGGAUCAUUGUCCCAAAGAUGGGUUGCCUACAAUUCAACUAUUACUACCUCGAAUUUCGUUUGAUUCCGAAGCGAAAGUCCACAAAUUGAUCAGGGAAGCUAUAAGUAGAGGUCUGAAGAACGUUGCUCAGAGCAUAUGUAAAGUUCAAGGGAUGAGGUCCUUAAGCCGAGGACGCUUAGGCAAUGCGUUAACUUGGGCUUUAAAGUCGCAAGAUGGUCCAUUUACUUCGUAUUUGGCCGAUAAGUAUUUGAAGCAGUAUAUAAGCAGCGGAGAACUGAACAAUACUGAUCUGUUAGACAAUUUGGGAUCAUCUAUGUUGGCCAGUGAUAGACUAAUAUUUUUAGGAAAAUACAACGAAUUUCAUAAGUUAUAUCAAGAGGGAGAGUACAAAGAGUGCGGGCACUUACUAAUAGCUUUAAUGGUGUCGAAAAUUGUUCCAAAGUUCUUUUGGCCAGUACUCCUGAGUGAAGCCACACCGUUACUCGAAAGUGAAGAAAUAGUGUUUUCCGCCAAUGAUACAUUUACCGUGUUGCAUUGUUUGGAGGAAAAGGAAGAAAUCCCUGAGCUAAGUGACAAAAUCAGUAUACUGAGGUUGGCGGCAGCUAGAAAUUUGUCCAGAGCAUUAAUGUAUGAGGCGCAAUGUGAAAAUCUGGUUUAAUAAAAUUUGAUUGAUUAAGUUA